CAAUGACUGUAGAAAACACAACAGCAAAGAGGUGUUAACAGCUGAGCAUGACUUUCCGAGUUUCUCUAGAAGACGGUUGGGUUAUUAUUUAUUAAUUCUUUAAAUGCGUUUCCGGGCUUUGGCAAGUCAAAGGAAGAUACAAGUAACCCCAUACAUGCCGCCAAUAUGCCGAGCUUUGCUGGAAGAGUGAGCUACUACUGCUAGACAUGAUGACUUUGAAUCAGCUGAAGACAGAAGAUGUUAAAAUCAGACAUGAAUAGUGAUGGCAGCAAACAGCGUUUUGUGUCGACCUUUAAAAUGCGCAUCAAGGCCCCCGGUCCAUCACCUGCACCUGAGAACGGGCCAGGAGUUGUCGGCACAAGGACCUCAGUAAAAUGUACUGAUGCAGGGUCUAAACAUCUGGAUCCACCUGUCUUCAUACAGCCUCUGGAGGACUGCUGUGUAGAUGAAGGGACUGACAUUAGGUUACGUGGAGUUCUCAAAGGAAGUCGACCGAUCAAAAUAUCGUGGCUGCACAAUGGUGAAGUGGCCCGUUUCGGGAAGGCUUCCUUCAAUGGCAGGGAGGCCAGUUUUGUUGUGAGGGAGUGCUUACCAGAAGACGCCGGUGCCUACACCUGCUUGGCAGAAAGCAGCGCAGGGAAGACAUCUUGCAGUGCUGCUGUGGUUGUAAGAGACUUUGAAAGUAUCUGUGGCGUGCAGAAUCGCGCUUUAAAGACUCCCACUUCUCCAUCCAAAAGUGUAAUGGGAAAUGGAACGUUACCGCAGACUCCAAAAGAUGAGCUACACAAAUUCAAAGGAUCUAUUUGUAUGUCUCCUACAGGCUCUGAUAGGCAGAGCCCAGUCUCAUCUCCAAAAGAAGUCGUCCCAAAGAAGCGAGCCAACUCAAGGAUAGGCCGAUCGUUAUGUUUUGAAAACCCACCGCAGCACGUGGAGGUGAAGGUGGGACAAAGCGCCAGGCUGACGUGUAGUUUUACUGGAAGCCCUCCUGUAGCAUCUUGUUGGAUCAGAAACAAAGAACAGAUAGUGGACGGCCUAGAGCUAAGGACAGAAAAUACUAAUCGGAGUAGUACGCUGGUUAUAGAAGAGGCUAAACCCCAGCACACAGGUCGCUACACCAUUGUAGUAAAAGACCGAAAGAGCUCAGCAGAACACACAAUCACCCUUUCUGUUAUAGAGAGGCCACAACCUCCUGCCUCCAGUCCAGUGAUCUCCCUUGUCUCCUCAUCCAGUCUUGUGCUAUCCUGGUCAGGCCCCUGCUAUGAUGGCGGCAGUGCCAUCCUUGGUUAUGUCGUUGAAGUAAAUAACCAAGGAAGUGCUGAGCCUGAGGUUUGGAGAGAGCUAACAAGCGAGUGUAAGAGUACCUCAUACAAAGUUUGUUCUGGGCUUCAGCCACAACAGGAACACUGCUUCAGAGUAAAGGCCUAUAACGUAGUAGGACUAAGCGAGCCAGGCCCAGUGUCACCAGUGGUGAGAAUGGAGGAAAGAGACAAGAUAAAAGAAGAAGAAGCCCCUCAGAUGUAUACCACUGUGUCUGUUGACUCUUCCCACAAAGUUACGGAACACUACGAUAUGCAGGAGAAACUUGGAAUGGGAAAAUUUGGGAUGGUGUACAAGCUCAUCCACAAAGAGACAGGACGUGUGUGCGCUGGGAAGUUCUACAAAGGACGCCGUGCCAAGGAGAGGGAAGCCGCUCGUAAGGAAAUAGAGCUGAUGAAUUACCUCCACCACCCCAAACUGGUUCAGUGUCUGGCAGCAUAUGAUCACAAGUCUGAAAUGGUCAUGGUGAUGGAGUUUAUUGCAGGUGGCGAACUCUUUGAACGUAUUGUGGAUGACAACUUUGAGCACACGGAGCCUUCAAGUGUGCACUACAUGCAGCAGAUCCUGGAGGGGAUUGCCUACAUGCAUCAGCAAAACAUUGUCCAUCUGGACCUCAAACCUGAAAACAUCGUAUGUGUUGACACCACAGGCACCUCCAUAAAGAUCAUCGACUUUGGCUUAGCCAGUAGAAUAGAUCAAAACACACCUCUGAAGGUGAUGCACGGGACUCCAGAAUUUGUGGCCCCGGAAGUGAUCAACUAUGAGCCUGUGGGUUUGGGGACUGAUAUGUGGAGCAUUGGGGUGAUCUGCUACAUACUGCUCAGUGGGGAAUCUCCGUUCCAGGGAAACAGUGAUGCAGAGACCCUGGCCUUGGUCACAGCUGCUCAGUGGGAGUUUGACGAGGAGAGCUUUGACGAGAUAACAGAGGAGGCUAAAAAUUUCAUAAGCUCCCUGCUCAGCAAAGACCCGAGGCGUAGGAUGACCUGUGAACAGGCCCUUGCCCAUCCCUGGAUGGCAGCAUUUAAGUCUAAAGAGCUCACUCUCACCAAGAGUCUGUCCAAAGAGAAGAUGAAGAGGUUUUUGGCUAGACAGAAGUGGAAGAAAGCUGGCAAGGCCAUGUUAGCACUGAAGAGAAUGGCUCUGCUCUCUAAGGCGGAAGGCUCUGCAUCUCCUACAACUCCUGGAGGAGAAUCACCCCUGAGCCCAGAGGCAGAGGAAGCGUUGACCUCCCUGGAGCUUAAGCUGCAGGAACCCCCGGUGUUCACAAAGAGGUUGAAAGACCGGACUGUAACUCAGGGAUCCAGUGCCCGUCUCUCGUGUCACCUCACAGGUUACCCUGACCCGGAGGUGCUGUGGCUGUGUGGUGAUGAGCCUAUUGAGGAGUCCCCCACUGUGCAAAUAGAGUAUGAGGAAGAUGGCCAGUGUACGCUGGUUCUAGCCAAAGUUGGCCCAGAGGACAGCAAUGUGUAUACCUGUAGGGCCACUAAUGACCACGGGGAGGCAUUUUGCUCAGCCAAAUUAACUGUCCAAAAAUAGAUUCAUCAUAUCAUAGUGUGUAUGCAGAAAUAACAAGUAUAAGUAGAAUUUUCUUGUUGCCUUGACCAGCUGUGUUGUACAUUGUUGUUUGUGGCUUCUGAUGAGUCAAAUAAAUAUUGUUACAGAGUUACGUGCAUAGAUUUAUAUUUUUAUGGCAUUCAGAUAUGGCUUCCACGCUAUGUUGAAAAUGAUGUUUUUACGUAAAACCAUGAAUCUGUCUGUUAUAUUGGCUCAUUGUGAAGAUUCCCCUUCAGCCCUAUCAGUUUGUAAUUGCGAUUUCCAUUCUGAAAAGCAGGCGGGUCUGAAAAUAUCCUGAUUAAUUUGCAUUGUGAACAUUCAAAUUGCAAUUCCAAAGCGUCCCAUUAAAAAAAACUUACAAUAAAUGUUAUUUAUAGCCUAAGCCUAAUUCAAUGCUUAGUGCCAAAGAGCUUUAUUUUCGUUUCUAAAUUAAACCACUCUUGCACAAAAUCUCAUGUUCUUUUAGUGAAAUGCACCUAGAUAGGUUUAUUUUGACAGGGUCCAACAUACUCCUACAUAGUACAUACACACCUCCUACUGUUGUAAAUACUGCAUUUCUUCACACACAAACAUUAGUAGACCAAAUAAACAGAUGGAAAUAUCCCCCGGUAAACACUAUCCUUAGUCUCAGCAUGCAGUUUGAUAUCUGAAAACAUAAAUGACAGUAACAGUUUUUGCUGCUUGUGUGAGUUUCUAGCUCUCUGUUCGACCUCAGGAAAUGUGUCCAUAACAAAUAUAUUUUGUCAAAAUCUUUUUGUCUCUGUCUGCUGGUUGAAUUUCAAACAAUACCAUCAGGACCUUCAGCCCGACACUUCGGUAAAGCCGUCCACCUGCUUUACUAAAAUAUAGAGUAUUUGUGAAUUUAACUCGUGUUUGUCAUGGUCAUAUUUACUUGAUACCUUCCUCACAACCCAAAUAAACGGAUACCAAUGUA